AUGGCGAACGCCUUCCGAGGCGGCCACGCCCCACCGUUUUUUCGCCUUUUCUCUCAUGUUUCCGGCCAUCAAGUCAUCCGUGUGGACCCUCGUGAUCGUCGUCUCUUCUGUCGUCAUUUCUGCCCCCCACGGAACUUGAUGAAUGUUGCAGAUGAGAAGAUGCGCGACGGCGAGAAAAUGAAGUCGAAGAAGGACAAGGAGAACCAUCAGCCAUGCACCAGCCAGCAGCCCAAGGUUGGGAGAACGGGUCCCAAUUCCUCAGUAGCUGUACUCCGUUCCUCGCGACUUGAAACUGCUGUUUCUAUCUGCGCCCUCCUCGUCUCUCGACGACUCUCUCAUGUUGACAUGCUAUUUUCAUGUUUCUCUUAACUCGCCGGUGAGAGAACGGAGAGACGCAGACAGCCAGAAAAUUUCAAUUCGCGGCGAACGGAUUACAGAAAAAACCAUUGAUCCCAGAUUUUCAGAUUGAGUUUUACGAUCUCAUAUAGUGGUCACAAUAACGGCAUAAUUAAAAUUUGACAAAAGAUUCUCCACUAUUUUUUAGGGUUACGGUAGGGAAAAUACCGAAAAAAAAUUCCAACUUUUUUGUGUCCUUUUUCUUGGUCUAAGUUCGAAGCUUCAAAGGCUAGAGAGCAUUGGUAAACGAUAGGGCCUCUAGAGAAAAAGAAAAGGUCCGCUCUCUCCUUUCUCUACACUCUCUAACUUUCGAAGACGCACAUAAAACACUGGUGAACAAGAGGGCGUUCAGAGAAAAAAUUUCCUCCUCUCUCAUUUUUGAACGCUCUCUAACUUCAGGAAUGUCAUAGAGUGGGUCGAAAAAUGAGAGGGCGUUCAGAGAAAAAAAAAUGGCCGCCCUCUCAUUUUUGAACGCUCUCUAACUUUGGAAGGAUCCAACGUACUUUUAUUUUCUCUCCUUCAUUUCAAUACUAUUUUUCCAGAUCAUCGUCGGAAUUUGCGCGAUGAAUCGCAAGGCGACGAGCAAGCCGAUGAGGGCAAUUAUGCGCAAAAUCUUGGAUUACUACGAGGUUCCCUUUUUUUUUAUUUUUGCAAGUCUGGGAAAGGGAACACCUUUACUGAGAACGAAAAUUGAGUUUGUUAGGGUUGGAUAAACUUUCUGCUAAUGAAGGUGUCUAUAUAAUUAGAAGAAAUUUGAAACUCUGUUCGAUUUUAUACUUCAAAAAACAGGUCAGAAUAAGUUAAGUUCCUUUUUAGAGCAGUCUGACCUGUCUGGGCCCUCUCUUCUCUUCGAGAAAGUAGGAAAUAGAGAGCAGAGAAAGCAGAGUUGAGAGAGAAAAGAGAAAGAUGAAAAGUGUUCGCUAACUUCCUGUUUCAUUAGCGAUAUAAGUUAUAAUCAAAGUUUAGGCGUUUGAUUUUAAAAAACUCGAUAGUUACAUUUUUUUUUCAAAAAUGACGUCAUCACUUAAAAAAAUGUUUUGAGGGGUCGGGUGUGAAUGAAUACACUUGAAAAAAAUUCAAUCCCGAAAUUUUCAUCUAAAAAAACUGUUUUAGUUAAAUUUAAUUUUUUUCUCAAUAAAAAAAUUUCAAUAGAAACGAAUAACAGAAGAACUACAGUAGACUUGUAGAAUUUUUCGAACUAUUUUUUUAAAAAUUUCUUUUUGGAUAAACGAUAUUCUUCUUUUGAUUUGUCAAAAAUUCAAGUUAUUUCUGUCUUUUUGAUUAGAAAAAUACACAAAAAAACACAUCCUGAUUUUUUUCAAGUUAUUGAAUAUUUUUUUAAUCCAAUAAUAAGUUUAUCCUAUAAUAGAGAAGAUUUUUUUAUUUUUUUCAAAUUCAAUAAGAUUUUUUUGUGAUAAUUUAUUACUUCAAUAUCAUCAACCAUAGAUUCAAAGAAAAUUAAUUCAACAGAAAAUUAUUGGUUUCACGUUGAAAAAUGCUUCCCAUAACAGUGAAGAUUUAUAGUUCUUUGGAUUUAAUUGAAAAGCAAUUUUCAAUAUUGUCAUUCGAAAAUUCAAAAGGAAAAUGAAUGAAAGCUAGUAAAAAUAUUUAAUUUUCGGUUUCAUUUUUGAAAAAAAUGCCACAUCUAGAGAUGAGAUUUAUGCUUGGUACUAGAUUUUCCUUGAAAAGUGUAGUUUUUGGCUUCGCUUUUGAUGUUUUAUGGGUUCUUCCUACCGGAAAAUAUAUGAAAUAUAAUGGGAAACGUACAAUUUUUGAAAUAAAAAUUUCAGUAAAAAGUUCUUUUUUCACUUUUUCAGUGUCAUUUUCUAUGAGAAUGAAAAAAACAUGCUUUCAAAAAAAUACUGAAAUUAUCCAUUUUAUCAAAUGAAGAAACAGGAAAAAGAGUAUGACUUGAAAAAAACAAAAAAAAUUUUGAAAAAAACUCGAUUUUUUUCUGGGUUUCUUCUAUUUUUCAAUAUCAUAAAUAAGACAUAAAUAACUUUUUAACGUGAUCUUAAAUCUUAAUAAAGAAUAAUCGACCUGAAACUGACUCUUUUUCAAAAAUUAUUCAAAUUUAAACCACACGCAGCUUGAAAUUCUCGUAUUUCUUGAAAAAUAAUUGAUAAUUCAGGCUAUAAAUUCGGGUAAAAAAACUGCAUUUGAUCAAAUAAACCGAAGAAAAACACAAAAAAAUUCGAUCCAAAUUUGAUGUUUUACUUCAAGAUUAUCAAUAAGAAAUCAAAUUUUCACUUUCCCGCCGAUCUGUGUUCACCGGGCCAUAAUUCACAUUUGAUACGAUUUAUUUAUCAUCAAUUUAUCAAUGGAGGACCGUCAUUGAUCUUCGAGAACAACGUCGGAAUUGAUAAGAAGGAAAAAAAAAGAAGAAGGAUCGAUUUUUAUUACAGCAAUGGCUGGCGUUUUUCGUGUUUCCGGAAGACGUGAUCCUCAACGAACCCGUCGAAAAAUGGCCCCUCUGCGACUGCCUCAUUUCCUUCCAUUCCACCGAUUUCCCACUGCACAAGGUGAAUAUUUCAGGAGGAAGACCGGAAAACAGAUAAACCUGCUGUAAAAUGAACAUAGGGACAGAAAAUAACUGGAAAAAAGCGGAAAAUUUUGGCCAUUUUGGAAGAAAAUAUUCUUUGAAAAUGGUAUUCGUGAAGAGAAAAGAAUGUUGAGCCAGUGCUGUGAGAAAAAGAUUCUAGUUUUGAAAAAUCGAUGUUAUUAAGCCUCUAUAGUGGCCACUGAGCCUCUAUAGUGGCCACUGAAACGGAAAGUAGGAGCCACUACAGAGGUGGGUUUAGUGGUCACUUAAGUGUCCUCUCCAAGAAGUCCUUGAAAAAAAACUGAAAAUUGUCCCAAGAAUCAAUUCAUUUUUAAUCUUCUUUCAAUCUUUUACCAUCUAUCGAGCUUAUUUUCUUCUUUCAAAAUUUCCGAGUAAAUAUGAUGAUUUUUCGUGCUUAUAUUUUGAAUUUUCAACAUUUUCCAGGCGAUCGAUUACGUUCACCUACGAAAACCGUACGUCAUCAAUGAUUUGCACCGUCAGUAUGAUUUGGUAAUAUAGUAUAGUGGAAAAGUUGCUCUAUCGAGAAUUUCCAGCUGGAUAGGAGAACUGUGUUCCGGACUUUGGCUAGGGAAGGAAUCGAACAUCCGCGACAUGGAAUCGUGACUCGGAAUUCGGCCUAUGAGAAAGGUAAUUAACUUUGGAGAUUUUGAAACAUAAUCUGAUUAUCUGUUUGCUUUGAACGAUCAAUUGUGACAUAUUUUGCCGGAAAGUGUUCGCAUUUUCAAAACGUCCUCUUCAGACACCAUCCUGGAAGAGCAUCCCGACCACAUCGAGGUCAACGGCGUCGUUUUCAACAAGCCAUUCGUCGAGAAGCCCGUUUCAGCCGAAGAUCACAACAUUUACAUCUACUAUCCGACAAGUGUCGGCGGCGGAUCUCAGCGACUUUUCCGCAAGGUUUUUUGAGGCUUCAGGGCCGUCCUAACGCUUCUCCUGCCUCAGUUUGGGAUACCGGAAAAUUGGGCCGAAAAAAUGAGGAAAAAGGCUUUUGCGCUCCAUGGACAACUUGGUAAAAAACUUGGACCUAUUUAGCCGUACGCACCCCGAACGUUUCCUAGAUUUUCUAGGGAUAAAUUAAGGGUACUGAAACGUCAAAAAAUCAUCUUGCCUCAAGGCUUUCAUUGCCAAAGUGCGCAAGCCGUUUUGGGUCCGGCUUUCUUAAAAAGAACCGGAUAAAGCCAUUCUACGUGCGGCCAUAGGCUUUCACGUUCAUUUUUCAUAUUCUGCACAUUUUGCUGUUUCCUGGUGAACAUUUAUAAAAGAAAAAAUUUAUUUUUUGGAAAUAUAUCCAUGGAGCGCAAAUGUCUCCUCCUAACUGAAACUCGAUUUUCGGGUACCCUUUUAUAUAUUUUCACGGAGUGCCUGAGGCUGUAACCUUUUGGCAGAGUUCCUUCAUUUUAGUGGUGGUGUAAGUUGGGAAAAAGGCGAUUUGGUGGUGUUUAAGGGAAAUUUUACUUCUUGUGAAACUCGGCUCUUGAAAAAACGAUUAUAAAAUUUUGCUUUUCGGAAUCAAUAUUAGAGGAUUGAAACGGGAAACUGAUUAACCUACCCAAUCGCCUGAUUCUGUCAAGUGAAAACCUGCCAGUUCAGUUGAAAUAACAGGGAUUUCAAUGGGAAUUUUAUUCGAAAAAAAAUCUUCUUGCGUAUGAAAUAUGUGAGAAAGUUGUGGAUAAUGGGAAAAAAAUUUUUUUGUAGUUUUUUUUCCGAAUUUUUUUCACAUAUCACCGAGUUUCCUUGUGAGAUUAUCAUGAAAAAUUUUAAUUCGAGAAAUGAAAACGAAAAAAAGGAAAUUUAAAAGGAGCUUAAGAGGUUUUCAAAAAGGUUUUGAAAAAGAAAAGCAGUUUUUUGGUUUCAGCUAUCCAAAUCUUUUGCGCCUGAAAAGUCUCGGUCGGAACUUUUUAGAAGAUUUUAAAAAUUGAAAAAAGACAGGGUGGGUUUAAACAUUUCAUGAUGAUCUCACAAGGAAGCUUCUGAGUUGUUGGGUUGUUUAUUUGUAGGGCACAAUGUCGGUUCAAGGGAAAUCCGUUAAAUCGUGGCAUGUGAGUCUCGUGUCGAAUUAUUCGAUUUGUUAUAUUUAUGGUGCUACGAAAAGAGCUUUUUUUUCCAUUUUCGAAGAUUACUGUAUGUUAAAGUCCGCAAUCUGAGACGUUCACAGCGCGUUUUUGCACUUUUUUUGCGUGACUCAGGAUCAGCAGAGUGGUCCCUUGAGGGUCAACUUUUUCUCCCUUUGAAGAAGCUUACAAAAGUGGCCACUUAGGGGAACAUCGUGGGGACGUCUUUUACUUUCAAAUAAUAAAACAAAUAAGAAGACCGCUUUAGGGAACACUUAAGCUUCAGAAGGGUAGGAAUCAUACCCUAAAUUCCAAUAGAACCUUUCAAAUUUUAACUCUUUAAGGGCAUCAUUUUUGUACUUCUAGGGCUGUUUUUUUCUAACCCAUCUGGGGCCUAUUUUGCGUUUAUUUUGUCAUAUCCCUUUCAUGUUUUUCAAUUCUUACUUUUUUAUUAAUUAAAAUGGAUGGCUGACGCAUUUUAAAAAUUUGCUGUGAGAAAAAGCGAAGACUCGGACACGUCACGCAAUAAAAGUGCAUACACGCGAAGUGAACCACUUGCAGUGCGGACUUUUACAUACAGUAAUCCUCGAUGACGGAAAAAACCGUUCUUCUCGUCGCACCCAUUUUCGCUGCUCGUCUUCAUUUUCUUCCACCCAAUUUCACAAUCAUAACCAAAUAAUAUGCAUUCCUUGUUGCUGCCGCGUGACGUUUUUUUUUCUCCUUUUUAUUCCAAUAAAAAACGAACAAAAUUGGAAUCGGAUAAAUUACGUGUUUCGCUUGGAUUGGCGUUGUUUAUGGUCGGAUUUUCAGGGCUGAUUUGAAAUGAAAAAGGGAAAUAUUGAGGAAAAUGUGGGUACCGUUACGAAUAGCUUUCUUGGGGCGAAAAAUUGGCUCCUUUUCUCGAAUUAAUACAUUUUUUUACUACAGUUUUUAUGUAAUAACUUUAAUAACACUUGACAGGUUUCUGUUUGAUUUAAUCUAGGUGUCUGUGAGAAGGAAAAACGCAAGUCGAUCAAAUUGUGAUUGCUUAUUAAUUUUUCUCGAUUAGAGACACAAGGACUGAACUUUAAUUAUUUCUCUGUUUUAAGCUUGGAAAUGAGCUUAGCUCACCGUACACAGGCUUAUCACGAAAUUUAAAUCAGUCAAUCGUUUAUUCAUUUCUGAACAAAAUUUUUAAGAAUUCAAAAAAAGUUUUUUUGAAUUACGAAAUUUAAAAGAUAAAAAUCAAUAUUAUGGAUAUAAAAUUCCUAUGUAAUCCACAACCCUUUUUGACAAACUAGCAGGGGAAUUGUUUUUUUUUUUGCUUAAUUAAGAAAAAAAGAGAAUUUCGAACCUUCAACAACGAACGCAUUCAGGUUACGGUACUCAUUCUUAUUUUUUCGUGACACCUAAAAUUUCGAAUCAGUCAAGAAAUUUCGACCAUAUUUUCCCCUAUCUUAACACUUACUAAAAAAACGGGUUUUCUCUAUUCAAACGGUAUUUUCUGAGUUUUUUUGAGAGAAAUCUAUUUUUUUCUUCAAAAAAAUAAGCUUCUCAAAGAACUCUGGAAAUACUGACUUUUUGAAUGAAUUCUUUUUUUUUUUUUACUAUUUAAUCAAAUUUUUCAGAUCAAUAAUCGAAGCAGUUGGUAUUCGCCGUGUAGCGACGUUAGGAAAGAUGGAUCCUAUAUUUAUGAAGAAUUUAUUCCGGCUGAUGGAACCGAUGUCAAGGUUUGUUCGAAAUGGGAACUAUUUUUUUUUUGGGAAAAUUUGGUUUUUUUCAGAGAGUAAUAAUUUAAUCAAAUUUAUUUACUCUUCUACUCCCGUUCACUUAAUUUUCACCCAGUGAUGCUUAAAAAAUUGUAGAAGAAAAUGGCUUUUAAUUUUCGUUAAGAAACUUUCUGGUCGCGUGCAGAAUGGCUCAACGCGUUGCGGUCGCGCAGCGUUGAAAAUUUUUAAAACCUUGGAUAACGUAGAUUGAGUCUCUGAAACCAAAAAUAAAAGUUUAAAAAAAAGACUAGAAAUUUUUUUUUCAAUCACAUUUUUUUCUAAUUUCUUGUAUACUUGAUGCCUCAAAACUGGUUUUCAAGUCAUAUAUUGAUUAGAUAACUUCAUUUUACGUUUUCUUCAAGUCUUCAAACUUCUUCUAGAUUUGUUUCUGAUUUUGCUUUUCAGGUUUAUGCUGUUGGCCCAUUUUACGCGCAUGCAGAAGCUCGAAAAGCGCCAGGACUCGAUGGAAAGGUGAAUUUUGAAAGGAUUCUGAAAGGAAUAUGUUCAGAAACACUUAUGUUUUCUCAUAUUUUUCUUUAUUCAAAAAAAUAUGAGAUUUCCAAAAAUUCUCAUUUUUUUGUACUUUAUAGCCUCAUUUCGCCUAUGGAAAAAUAUAUAUGAAAAAGUAAUUUUUUUAAAAAGUUCAUAAGAUUAAAGAUUUUUUUAAAUAUGUAUUUCAAUUUACUUCAAAAAAAGAAUUUUUUUUUCCAUUUUUUUGCUCUGGUAAGUUAGUUUCCUUGAAAAACAGCUCAACUUGAAAUGUUCCUCAUUUUUUUUUCAGGUUGAACGUGAUUCCGACGGGAAAGAAGUCCGAUAUCCGGUCAUUUUGAGUCACAAAGAGAAAAUGAUCGCUCGACGUGUCGUUUUGGCUUUCGGGGUAUGUUUAAUGAUUAGGCACGAUUUUUUUCAAAAAUCAGGUUUUUGAAUGAUUAGAAAGUAGGAUUUUUUUCUUCUCUUUGAAGUUUUUUUGAAGCUUUCUUUCAAUUUUUUUGGCCUUUAAAAAAACUGAAAAAAAUUGGAAACAUUUAUUUUUUUAGAAGCUUUCAAGGCUUCAGGAGUCUAAAUUUGAUCUGAAAUGAAAGAAGGCUUGUUUGGAAGUCCAGAACACCUAAUUCUACCAAAGUUGGAUGUUUUUGACUUGAGUUAAGAUUUAUUUUUUUCAAGUUUCUUUUUCCAAUUAUUUGGUUCUGGCGAAAAGUCGAUUUUUUUAAAGCUGCUUUUUGGAGUCAUAUCUGGAAUUUUGAGAAAGUUUUUCAAAAAUAUUUAGCAGCCCUACAGGGAAAGCUUGAAUAGAAUCAGCCCUGCGCGCUUACGUAGCACUUGGAAUAAUUUUACUGUUCCAGCCAGGUUUUUUAUAACUGAACUGAACUGUGAAUCUUCAAUGCUACUUCACUGGAAGAAGUUUGAAAUGUUUAUUUCGCUCACAGACAGAUCUGUGGCGUGGAAAAAGAGAACUAAGAAAGUUAUUUUUGCGUUCAAAGUUGAAGCGUUCGAAUUUAAAAAUUAAGAAUUCAAUUUUUCAGCAAACGGUUUGCGGGUUCGAUCUUCUUCGGGCCAAUGGAAAAUCGUAUGUUUGCGACGUGAACGGAUUUUCUUUUGUGAAAACGUCGUUAAAGUAUUAUGAGGUAAAUUUUACUUUAGCGAUGAAUAUCUUUGAAGAUUCAAAAAAUUGAAAAAAAGAUUAGUAUGAUCUUUUUCUACUUGAAAAAUAAGUGAACAUAACAAAUUAAAAAAACAUGAAUAGCGCAAAGAGUAUAUGGUUGAUAUGAAACUGUGAAAUCAUUUUGUUGUUUUUUUUUUUCCACGUUUGAGGUGGUAAAAAUUGAUUAGUAAUGGAUUUAUGGUAGUCAAAUUUGCAUGCAUAUAGCCCAUUCCUUGAGAGAUUGUUUCUCUUUUUUUUCUCAAAAAAGCGUAAAUCAAAUUUGCUCAAUGUUUAGAAAAAAAAUAAGCUCAGGUAUAAUUUUUAAAAAAUGGCUUUUUGUGAAGAUAAAACAGAAUUAAAAACUCAUGAUUCAACUUAAAUAUAGAUGCUCAGAAAUCAACAACUGAAUUUCUUACUUCAAAAUCUCUAGGACACGGCCAAAAUCCUCGGAAACAUGAUCAUCCGACGCCUGGCGCCAAGAUAUCACAUCCAGGUGCCGAAGGGUAUCGAUCCACCUGUUCUGGACCUUGGUCUAGGAGGUUUUUCGAGCUUCAUCUUGACAUUAUCUCCAAAAAAUGCUUCAGAAAACCCGCCAAUUGGCUUGACGCCAAGUGGGAAGCUAAUGGAACUUCGAUGCGUCGUCGCAGUUAUUAGACACGGUGAUAGGACCCCGAAACAGAAGAUGAAGGUAGGAAAUGUUCCGAAAUAAAAAGAAAAUAUCAAGAAUCGAGUUUUUCUUUCCACGUUUCGAUUUAUGAAUCAACCUUUCAAGACUCCUGAGAUUUGCCAAUUUUAGGAAAAACGAGCAAUAUCAGGGGCCCUUGAAACUAAUGAAGCAGAGAGAUCACCAUAAUUUCACCUCUAAAGGGACCGCUUUUUCGCCACCAAAAAGGGCUAUUUUUUCGUCUAAUAGUGACCACCCUGGAAUUCCUAAAGAUUUGGAAUAUCUGAAUUAAUAAAAAAAAUCAGCUCUUUCACUCACUCGGCAAGAUACAGUUUUCAGAAAAAAAAAGCUCCGAAUCGAUUCUUAUUCCAUCUGAAAAGGAAUGUCUCUCUCAAAAAUUUCAGUUUUUUCUCAUAAUCCAACAGCUCCGGAUAGUAUUUGAGGUUACGAAAAUGAGCACUAUGAACACAUUGGAAAAUUAAAAAUUUUUAGAUUUUUUCCGGUACAUAUUAUGAAAUUUGAUCGAGAGAGUUUCUCGGUUCUCUCCGAAUGUUUCCAUUCCUUCACUACUUAUCACUUACCUGUUUCUAGGUAAUCGUCCAUGACAAGCGGUUCUUCGAGCUUUUCGAAAAGUACAACGGCUACAAGAAGAAUGAGAUCAAGAUGAAGAAGCCGAAUCAACUGAUGGAAGUUCUGGAACUGGCUCGAGCUCUUGUCUCGGAAAAACAGGUGGGGAAUCAUCGGUGGCCCUAUAAAUUUUCCUCGAAAAAGCUUUUCGGAUUUUUUGUUCAAGUAAAAUGACGUCAUUAAAAAUUCUCUGUGCAUAGCUCGAUCUUUGAUUGGUUUAUCGAGCCCUUAGGGGCGGAGCUUGAUCGACGACUUAACAUUCAAAAUCUGAACAAGCUGUGAUCAGAAUGAAACUGGAAGUUCCAGAUUGAACGGUGCCGAUUGAUGAGCUGUCUGAAGGCUGUGGACAGCACGGCGGAGGCCCAGAAGAUCGAGCACGAGCUGGAGCUGGUCGAGGAGGAGGCCAAGAAGUGGGAGCAGAUGCGGACCGUGCUGGAAAUGUAUGCGUCUUGCAUGGUUGUUGAGGAGGCCGACGGAGCCUUUUGCUCGGUCGCCUUGGAGCGCAGUUGCGGCGGAAGCUGCUCCGACUCCGGAGCCCACUCCGAGAGCGAAGACUCGGUCGUCGCCGGACCCUAGGCCAUAUCGGCCACCUCUUUAUUUUUUGGGUCGAAUAGUGAAGCUGUAGGGGACUUUUCGGUGGGGUAGGGGUGGGUUUGGAAAAAAAAAUUUUUUUUUCAAAAGUAUUGAAGAGAAAAAAAAAAGAUUCAAGCUAUUUUUUCAAAAAUCGUUUUCGAAACUUUGAUUUUAUUCAUUUAUUUUAGUUCCUCUGUUUCAAGAGUCGAAAAAAAAAGUUUGUUUUUGAAAUCGGUGGUCUCUGAGAUAAAUGAAGUAAUUCUUCCAUGCCAGCUCCACCACCACCACCACCAACUUGAAUGUAGAUAUUAGUUACGGGGAAAACAAAAAAUUAUACAGAGUUCUAGAGCCCAUUCUACGGGAUUUAAUCCACUUUUUCUUCAUUUUUCCAACUUUUAAUACUUCUUCUAUGUGAAUAAAUACAUUAACAAUUUCUAUGAAUGUACAUAUAUUCGCCUUAUUUAUUCUCCCCCUUUCCUAUACUUCUCAAUUUUUCACUUGUUCGUUUUUAAUUGCAAAUAAAGCGUUUUUUCUCUUGGUCUUUGUUUUUUUCGGUUUGGUUAACCCAGUAUUUGUGCCUUGUCUAACCAACUUAUUAACAGGGGAAAAUGUUGCGUCGGGACUUCCUAGAGGAUUUUUUCUUAUUUGAAACAUUCUGUUGAAAAAUCCUUGUUUGAAAAUUUGAAGGCGCAAAGGUCUAUAGAUACACAAAAAAAUAGUAAAAAAAUAGUUUUUUUCGCCUUGAGACCAUUAUAAAUAAGCUUUGAUCCUUCAAAAAUACGCAAAAAAAUUUUUCAGAUUUUUUUUACUUUCAAUAAAUUUUUUUGAUGAUCACUUCAAAUAGUUGGAACUUAACGAAACAAAAAAAUCAUAUACAGCUCUGGGAGUUUUACCGGCUAGAAAUCGUAAAAUAUUUUUUGAACAAGAUCAAAGUUUUGUAGAGAGUUUCGCGUUACGCGAAUUCUUUAUUUUUCAAAGUUUUUGAAUUUUUUGAUCUCUUGUCAUUGAUAAACGAAAUUUUACGUUUACCUAUUUAAUAUAUACUUGAGAGAAAUUUUUAAGACAUAUCAAGAAAAUCUGAUCGGUAUAGGACAGUACAUGUUUUUUUUCUGAUUUUUUCAUAAAUUUGUAUUUUACAAGGUUUCGAAGCUCUACAGAGCUCAUCAUCAUGAAUAUAUGAUCAAAAAACGAAUUCCCUUUCCGAAAUUUUUCCCGGAGUGUUGGGAAUGUAAAGAUGAAAAUUCUAAAGUCUUCUUGUCUGUUGUAAACUUUUGCUCUGUAGUUAGAAAAGCAUGGACGAGUUUUUUGAAAUAUUCGAAGCGAAAAGCCAUUUUCAGCGCUAUUUUACGCCUUAUAAGGUUUCUGCAAGGAUUUUUCAACACAAAAAUCGCCCUUUUUCACGUUUUUUCUGUAAUUUUAACGGAUAUCUCGUUCAAGUUAGCAGUUCCAACAGCUUCACUAUGAGUCUCACCUAAGAAGAAGAAAAUUCAAAUAUUCUUAUAAUAAUGAAAAAAAAAGAAGUAUUUUCAGGUACGGACACUUCUCGGGGAUCAACCGAAAAGUGCAGUUGAAGUAUUUGCAAGCGAGAGAAGUGAGUAUUUGAUAUGAAGAACGGACUUUAAAGUGAAAUUUCGUUGAUUUUGAGGUUUUGGCGAGUGAUGAAGAGACGCGUCAACAGGAAGCAGCUCUUCUGCUCAUUCUCAAGUGGGGAGGCGAGCUCACCACUGCAGGUAUUCAUCAGAAAUAUCGAUUGAAUUGGUUUUUUUAAAAUAAUAUAUUUUGAAAAACUGCAACAGAGGUUUAUCGAACUAUAUAACUUUCAAAAAAAUGCGCCAUUUUUUUCCUUGAAUCAAGAGUAAUUUUUUUCCAAUUCUCGGCAAGAAUCAGUUCUUUUUUUCGAAUUGCUGACAGUUUUUCCGUUUUUAUGAUUAAAUAUAAAAAUGUGAUUAAAAAAACCUUUUGAAUAAAGAAAGCCAAAAUAAAAAAAUAUUUGUGUGAAAAAGCUACUUAUUUUACUCUUUUUAAUUCUAUUUUUUUGAAAGUAGGUAGGAAAAAUCGCUCAAAAUUCUUGUGUAAAAAAAUGGGAAACUAAUUUUCUGGGGCAAAGGAAAAAUAAUUAAACUAUUGAAAAAAAUAUUUUUUUAUUGAAGAAAUAUAAAGAAAUAUAUAAUUUUUUCAGGAAGCAUGCAAGCAGAAGCGUUGGGUAAACUCUUCCGGACCCUUUAUCCGGGAAUCCGAAGAACCGACGGAAAAAGCUCGCCGGAAGAUACUCAGGUACACGGGAAAAGUUCCUUUGAGGUCCCCCAGAAAAAUCAGAAAAACUUCCAGCUCCUAAAAGAAUAGAAAAAUUCUUUUGAGCUCCUUUUUCUCAGCCUUAUGAUCUUUUUGAUCACUUUUAGUUGCUUACCAGCAUCUUUUCAUUGAAAUAAGUGAAAAAUAUGCAAGAUUGAAACAGAUUUUUCGAAAAGAAGAUUCAAAGAGUUUUUCUACCCGAGUAAGAACAUUCGGAGGUUUCAGGAAAAUUGAAUACACUGUAUAAAUUUGAUAUUUUUUUGAAGUUGAAGAAUUAUAUUUUUUUUAUAAUUUUUUUCCAGGGUCUCGGAUUCCUGCGGUUACAUUCGACGUAUCGUCACGAUUUGAAAAUUUAUGCGUCGGACGAGGGUCGCGUUCAGACAACUGCUGCGGCUUUCGCGAAGGUUUCUUUCAGACAGUUUGAAUUUUCAAUUUUUGAUGAAUUUUCGAAAAGUUAAAAUGCUUGUUUCUUGAAAAAGGGUCUCAAAUUUUAAAUAGCUGUGCUUUAUUGACUUCUUUACGUAUUUGUUGUCAUCUGGGUAAGAGUAACUUAUUUUUUGAGCAAUAUAUUACUUCGAAAAAAAUGAAGAGGCUUCUUGAUGAGAAGUAAAAUUUCGGUGAAUAAAAUGUUUAAAAAAAAGCCAAAUUUUCACUGGUGACCCCUUUUUUUUCUCCUUUCUUCAUUAUUUUUCGAAAUCCUCGGAGUUUUUUUUUCUUGCGAUUCAAAAAACACAUUCAUUUCCAGUCCGCUCAAGUUCCCAAAAACCCAGAAACAAAACCCUGGAAAUAUCUAGAAAAUUGAGGAAAAGCCUUUUUUUCAAACUUAUUCCAUUCGAAUUGAAGCUUCACUGAGAUCACUGGGUUCUAUUAGAUUUAGUACCUCUUCUUAUUAUCUUUGUUUCAAACUUGAAUAAAUUCUUUGCCAGGGUCUCCUCGCUUUGGAGGGCGAACUGACCCCGAUCCUGGUGCAAAUGGUGAAAUCGGCAAAUACGGACGGCCUUCUGGACGACGACUACCAAGCGCGGCAUUAUCAGAGCGAGCUGAAGAGAUACUUGCACAAGGCUCUCCAGGUUUUCCUUCUUUUUCUUACUGUCGUCGCGACUUGAGAGUUUUUGUAUGUCUUCGUCUCUCUGUCCUCUCACCGGUAGAGGUCAGAAAAACAUGAAAAUAACACGUCAACAUGAGAGGGUCGCCCAAGAGAUGAGGAGGGCGCAGAGAAGUCCUUUCAAGUCGCAGAAGACGGACUAUAGCUGAUUCACGAGUGGCUUGAGCUAUCGAAAAGGGUCCUGACACGAUAAAAAAAAAAUAAAUAGUGCCUAGUUAGAAGAGAGCGCAGGCAGGCCACGCCCAUUGCGUCUCAAGCUGGCCGUGAAUCGGCUAUGUACUUUAUCAGAAUCUAUAAUCGAACUUAUGGUAAUGUGCUUUUUACAUGUUUCUCUGACCUCGUCGGUGAGGGAACAGAGAGACGCAGAAAAUCUAAAAUUUCCCAGUUGCGGCGAACGGACUAUAGAAAAAAAGAAUUCAUUUUGAAACUGAAUCGACUGGGCUCGAUUAUGAAAAAUGAGUCAUUGAGAAUUUGAUCAAGUUUUGGAGUGUAUUUUCCAAUUUUCAGGUUGACCGCGACUUUACGGCCCAGGACCACGCCGACCUCAACCCGGACGGUCUUCGGUCCAUAACCAACGCGAUGGAAUUCAUCAAAAACCCUCGGAAAAUGUGCCACGAAAUCGCCGGCUACGUGGAGAAGAUGUGCGGGGUGAUCCAAUGGCACUCGAAAAACAGGUCCGAAACGAUGCUCUACCUCCAAGAAUCCCUGGACCUUGCCGCGCGACGCUGGAACAAGGAGCUCCGCGAGUUUCGCCGCGUCAAUAAGCUCACCGAAGUCGAGUUCGACAUCUCCAAGAUUCCCGAUAUCUAUGAUAACAUCAAGGUCGGUUUGGGAAUAUUAGUUGAUUUCGAGAAAAUUUACUUUUUCUUCACGUCUUCUAGGAUUGGCUAUAAUAUGUUACGAUUUUGAAUUUCGAGCCCUCGAGCAAUGACGUCAUUUCAGUGAAAUUCAAGAUCUGAACAGAUAUUAUUUUGAAUGUUUGAAAAUGAGCCCGAAAAUCAAAAAUUCAUUGAAAAGGUCUAGAAAAAUUCUCAAGCAUCCGAAACGUUCAACAUUUUGGCUACAUACUUCUGUCAUUUUUAAGUACGACAUGGAGCACAAUCCGGACCUUUGCAUCAAUAACGAGGUCGAAUUCGAGCGGAUGUACCUUUGUGUGAAGAACAUGGCCGAUAUCGUCGUCCCCCAGGUAUGAGGAACUGAAAGAAAAACAUUUUCAAAUAUCCAGGAGUACGGUAUCAAGCGGGAGAACAAGAUGUGCAUCGCUCAGCGUGUCUGCACGCCGCUCAUCAAGAAGAUCCGCAACGACUUGCAUCGUUGUCUCGAGAACUCGGAGGAGGACGAGACUCAGACGCGACUCGAUCCGAGGGCUUCCCAGGGCAUCGCGACGCCCCUCCGCCAUGUCCGGACCCGUCUCUACUUCACCAGCGAGAGCCACAUCCACACCUUGAUGAACUUGAUCCGAUACGGCAAUCUUUGCUCGGUCAGUAGGAUAAAGGGACAGAAAGUUCUAAAAAACGAAAAAAGUCUCAAUUGAAGUGACCUUUUGGAAUAGAUUACUGAGGAAUUUUAUUCAAUAAAGUCAUUUUUUUUGGCUUCUCAGCGAUGCCUUAGUGUCACUGUAGGAGUUUGGGAAUGAAAGUUCCUAUAGUGGACAAAAUAGUGCUCCCUAGAGGGCUAAAAUCUAGCUGGUCACUGGAGGAGUUUAGGGUCUGGUGCCUAAAGUUUGAAUGGUGCCUUUAGUGGUCUUAUAAUUUUUUUUUUCCUGUUUCGAAAUUUAAAAAAAAUAUAGGGACUGAUAACUUCCACAGAGUGGCUACUUUUGCAAGCUUGAAUACCCCGUAUAGGGAAGGUAGACACACAAGGGAACCUACGCGAGUCUUUGAGCAAAAUACUUGAAAAGUUUUUUUCCCAAUGGUGACUUUGACGAGUCGAGUAUGAUAAAAAUUUUGAAAAAAAUAAUUCUGUAGAAUUCAUCAUUUUGCUUUUUCACUGAAAGAUGUUCAGCCAGACGACAAAAAAUGGCAACGGGCGAUGAAUUUCCUGUCGGGCGUCACCGAGUUCAACUACAUGACCCAGGUAGUUCUGAUGGUCUACGAGGACAGCCGGAGCGACGUCGAGGAGAAGGACAGAUUUCACAUCGAACUCCUUUUUUCGCCCGGACUGUACCCAUGUUUCCUCACGGAAAAGGAGCGAAUCUACGAGAAUCGGUUCAAGUGAGUGGAAAAAAAGACGUGGGGUCUUGAUUGGAAGGUUUCUAGCAGCGGGAAAAGCAGCAAAAACAAUGGAAAUGGCGGAAGUUCGAAUAACGGCAGCACCAGUGGCAAUGAAACGGUCCAGAGAAAGGUGAAUUAGAGUAUAGUCCGUUUUUCGGCGAGUUGAGAGUACUUCUCUGCGCCCUCCUCGUCUCUCGGCGACCCUCUCAUGUUUUCGUGCUGUUUCCAUGUUUCUCUGACCUCGCCGGUGAGGGAACAGAGAGACGCAGACAAUCUGAAACUUUCCAGUCGCGGAGAAUGGACUAUGACGAAUUUUUCACAUUGCUUUUUAUGAAAGUUUUGUCGUUGGGCAUGGAAAGUUGUAAACGAUAUUCAGUUGAAAACUUUUCCAUGUAUUUAAGUAGGCCAGAAAUACAAUGAAAGACUACCAACAUCCCAAAAGAUAAUCAAGUGACACAUUUCUGCCCGAAAAAUCUACGUCCCAACUUCUUUUGUUCCAGAAGAGCGACACCAAGGCUGCUCCUCCAGUCCAAAAAGCGUCCUCGAACUUGCUUUCGGCCCCCGCGACGGCCUCAGCCAGCGACGAACUUUCCGUGAGCAGUGUGGUUGACACCAGCGUCGCUGAGGCUAAUGGGUUCGUUUCUGGCUUUUCGAGUCGGCUUGAGCCAUCGAAAAAGAGUUAUGAGAAGAUUUAAAAAAAAAAGGGGCGGUAUCUGGUUUGAGGAGAGCGCUGGCAGGCCACGCCCCUUAACGUCGUAGCAUAUUGAGUAGUUUUGGAGGGGUCGCUAUAGGGUUUUGUUGUCCUUAUAGGAGUUGACGGCGUGAUCUCUAUAUUUACCAAAAUCCCUAUAGGGACCCCUUCAAAGUUUCUUAGUAGCUCUAGGCAGUCUUUUUUUCAGCAGUCGACUUUAUUACAUAACGGAAAGUUAAGAAGAGUUCUGUUCGAAUUGGAACUUCCCUUCCCAGAAAAGUUCCAAAACUUUUCCCCAGAAUUUUUAAAAAAUAACUAACCAAAGAUGAAUCUACUAUUCUCCGGUUUUAGACUUCUGAACACGUCGCACAAGACGGCUCAUGGAGAUUCUGAAGACGAAUUGAACGACGUCGAAUCGGUCAACCUGGUCGCCCUCGACGAACUCAACUCCAAUAAAACUCGUCAGUUUUCGGCCCCUCUGCAAACUCUCGCUAUGGACGCUUCUCUGUGUAUCUUUUGUGCAUGGCCUUGCCGUUGCUCACACUAGCUCAUAAUACCUCAUGUGUCUGUCGUGUGGCUCAUAUUAACCAUUUUUAGCGGAUGAAAAAACGACGAAACGGCUGCGCAGUGUCACCGGAGCCGAGAAGGCUAUGGAGGUUGAUUUUUCGAGAAAAAGGGGGUUUAUUCUGAAGAUUUUCAGGAAGGCGAUAAACCCAGGGAAGAGUGGGCCAAAGGGGUCGCCGUCACGAAAAGCACGAGUCAGGUCGAUACUUUUUGAUUUCGAAAACACCCUUUACUUUAGGACUAUGCCAAUUUUUCUUUAGGCAUUUAUGUAAAAAGUUUCAGUACUUUAGUUCCUUUAGAAGUCCGUUUGAGAUUCGUUAGGAAUUUGCCAUGAUCUGUUAGAACCUUUUUGAUCAAGCCGAACAGAAGGUUUUUCUGCAGGUGUCGGUGGGCGACGAGGAAUGCCAAGCGACGGUCGGAGUCGGCCGAGGCAAAUGGGUGAAGGACCUGCUGGACGAGACGCGUCGCGCGAUGAACUCCAUCAAGGAGGUCGACGUCGCCGAGGAGGAGAAGAGACAGCCGCACGAGCGACGCGAGAGCACCUGUGAGCACGAACUUCUUCCCUCUCGUUGCGACUUCUGCAUGGGUUGUCGUGCUCCUCUCUACCUGGGUGACCAACUCAUUAACAGCUCCGCUUGUCCUUCUUUUCAAUGGGAUGGGGUUCGACAGAACAGGACUCUGAUCAUUUUGAAUGGGUUGGGGAAUGGACAAAUAAAAGAACUCACUAGGGAGGUCACUCAUUAUACAAUUGUUAACUUGGAAAUCGAGGAAUUCAAAGGGCAAAGUCCAGAAGGACCAAAAAAGAAGCUUUAAAAAAAAAUCGCAAGCUUUCUUGGUCUUUUUAGGAGAAAAAAAAGGCGGAAAAGGUGAAAACAAUUUUUUUUUUUGACAUUUGUAAGGAACUCGAAAAGGAGCUUAUUUUUGAUACUUCUUUUUGAGGCCAUUUGGACUUUUGGUCGUUUGAAAAAAAUGGAGACAAGAAAAUUUUCCUUCCCUGAAAUUUGCCCAGGAAACUCCUUGAUGUAAGAUUCUGGAAGUCUCAAUCUGCACAAUUUCCUAGUUUUCUAAAAUAGACAUCUCAAAGUCGGCGGAAACCUUGAAAUCCGUUUAAAAAACCUACUUUGAUGCUUUUAUCCCUCAAAAACUGAAAAGUAUUCAGGGUGAGACUCGAGAUGUAUUCUUAAAAAUUCUCAUGAUCAAAAAGUUAGAGUUUGACGUGACUCAACCAUCUUCAAAUCAACCAGCGUUUUAUUUCGGUUAUUUGUUUAGUUCGUGAAACGGCAACUUCAGAUAAAAUGAAUGCUCGUAGUUACAAAAUCAAACUUUGAGUAAAAACCCUUUUUUUUCUAUUCUAAACAGAAAUUUCAAUCAGAAAUUGAGAUUUUUGAGCCGUUCUAAAAAAAUUCUAAAAAGUUUUUUUUAUAAUUUCUUUCUCAGAAAAAUGCCCAAAUUAGACUGCUAAAAGUUUAUGAGAAACUUAUAUUUUCGCUAAUUUUUUUGAUUUUUUUCACUUCGUCAAGAUUCAGAGGUUCUCCAACGAGUUGUGCUUUUUAAAAAAAUAAAUGUUGGAAAAAAAAAUAAAAAAAUCGACAAAAGUUCAAAAUGGUAGUUUUCAGCGAAAAAACCCGCAUUUUUAACUUGACACUAAAUCUCCCCACAUUGAAUAAACGCAUGGCGGAACCGUGUUCAUGAUUUCAGCCUCAUCUUCCGGACGACCCAAUUAUUCGAUUCUGCAAGUCGCCGAGCAGACGCCGCCGCCUGUCGACGAGAAAUGUGGGUUUGGAGUGUUCCGUGGAGCGACGUUGCUUGUCUCAAAUUCUGCCGGGCUUCUUAAUCCCGGGCUGGCCCGUUCUAAUGCCUUUUUUUUGCAUGGAAGCCUGGUGAGCCAGGUUUGAAAUAAGAUUUUCGAAUUCUAUCAAAAAAUUCCUAUAUUGUUAAUUUUGAAGUAAAAACUGGAACCCAAAACGUGAUUUUUGUCGAAAAAAGGUGACAUCUGACUUAAACAAAACUUGCGAAUAGCGAACCGAGCGAGAGAAUGAAGGGGGCCGACCCUCGCAAAAGCCUGAUUUCCACAUUAAAAUCCGAAAAAAUUAUUUUCGAUUUUUCAGUUUUUUUUUGUGAGGAUGAUGUAAGUAAACUGGGGCUCAAAUUUCUGAAUGAAAUUUUUUGAAAACAAAAAAUUCACUUUUUCAACUUUAGAGGAAUUUCGACCCGCACCCUAUCUUGAUUUUCGCAUUAAAAUUAAUUUUCUUUUUCAUUUUUGUGCGAUUAGACGUUUUUUUGAAAAAUUUUUUUCAAAAAAAUAUGAAGCCUUGCAUGCUUUUUGCUGUAACCCUAUUGAUGAUUAAAAACCAAAAACGCUUGCGAAAGCUUUCGACGUUUCAAGGGGUCACUUAAGGUGUGUCAAGAUCACUUGAGGGAUCACUGAACGAUUCAGAAUCUUCCGUAAGCGCCUGAAAUAUUUUUCUGCAUCCUCUAAUUUAACUUGGUUAGUGGAAGAUUUAUUUAUCGAUGAUAAAUGAAAAAUCCAUUUGAGAUCAAAAUUUUGAAACUGGAAGUUGAGGUUUAUUGAGGAUUUCUCUCAAUUUUUUUUUUUUGACCUUUCUGAGCUUUUUCGAAAAGUUUUUUUUUCUGAAGGAAAGGUCUUUUGGAUUUUAAAAUUCUUUUAAACUGCAUGCAUUUUUUUCCUCCUAACUCGAUUAAUUUCUUUUGCACUUCUUUUGAUUUCCUUUUUGGAUCAGGAAAUUCUUUAAUUGUGCAUGAAAAUUGACGGUCGGUAGAUUUGGGUUAACGGUGUUGAAACUUCACUUUUUUUUUUCUCAAUUUCAUUAAUUUCGCUUUGAAUAUGAUGCAGUUAUCGGGAUCGGAAUCCACUUAAAUAAUGUGAGAAUUUAGGAAAAAAAUGUAAAGAUUUUGGGCUGUGAAACCAUUUACGGCUAGUAAAAAAACGCUUAGGAAGUUGAAUAUUUUUGAUUCAAAUAUUGGUUUUUUUGAUGAAUAAAUGAAAAGCCUCAAAAAAAUAAAAACUUGAAAAUUUUAUUUUUUUCUCGCCAGAAAUUUAAGUUAAGAAACUCAUUUAAAAAUUCGCAAACCAUACGAAAAAUCCGUUCGUAAUUUCUCUUAAAAAAAUAGUUUUUCUUAUCGGGUUUUUGAUUAUAAAAAAACGGAUUUUUCAUACAACAUUAAGAAAGCAAAGGAAUAAUCAAGUUUUGUACAAGAUCGGAAGCUGUAAACCCAUUUAACCACCACGCAUAGGUAUUUUCUAACCGCAUUUUUUGUUUGAAUAUUUUAGCCCGACGCUCGAGAUUCCCGUACAGAUUCAAGCACCACACCGUCAACCUGCUAACAGGUCUUUUUUCAACACUUUUCUCCGAAAAUGAUACUUUUAUGUGCUUUUUUUUAACAGUUUAUGGCUAGAUUAGUAUCAGAAGUAGGUAUUUUUGCUUUUUCUUUAGUAUUGCUUUAAAACUAACUCCAUGUAAAGAGUCCAUAGCGAGAAAUUGAAUAUUUUAAGGGAAAAAAAAGAAACUUGAGAAUUUUCCAACAAAAAAGUUUUUUCGUAGGGUCUGAGGUUCAAAAUCGGCUCAUCAGUACGGACGUCCUGACUGGGAAGUUUGGAGAGCCUUCGUCAGAGAAAAAUCGAAGGAAAGGUUCGUUUUGAGAGGCUUUUUUGGCUUUGAGAGGCAUCAAAUAAUUUUAGGAAGGCCUUGAAGAGAAGAGUCGUGUUUUCUAUGUUAUUUUAGGUCAUCUUAUAUUUUUCUCUCCUUUUUUUAUCCGCGAGGAAGUUUUUUCGAACUGACCGAAUGUAGAGAAAACCUUUUUUGCUGAAAAAUGACUGAAUACGAAGAAAACCCUAUUUUUCUUGAAAGGAUUCACUAAUAAAGAUGGACUCCUUCAUAGUGGAAAGAAAUAUCUAACCAGUAUGAAGUAUGAAGAAAAACAUUUUUUGCUUAUACAAUAUAAUAAAACCCUCUUUUGCUGGAAGAAAGAAAAAUAAAGCCCAAAAUUAAGAGUUCACCGUGGGUCCGGCUGUCCUUUCAACGGCCGUUAUUUCGAGAAGUUCGAGCGCCCCGAGGCUCAUGACCUACGAGUCGGACGAUUGUUCUGUUGGAGGUACAAAGAAAAAAAAUUCUAAUGUAAACUAUAAUUUCCUUCAGAAAUCAAACGAUUCUGGCCGCCCCUCCGCUCCUUGGAGACCCUGCACGACAGCAUAACGUUCAGUCAAUUCGACCAGUUCCUAGUCAGGUUCCAGCCCGUUCUACAGCUCGGCCCUUCCAGCUUUCAGGGUUCAGACUUCUCGUCGGAGCCAUGACCCCUCUGCCGUCGCCGCCCAAGACGCCCUUGCCCAUUGAGGGCGUUCCACAGAGCGCCGGUUCGUGUUUGGAAAGACACAGCUGAAGAAAAGAUACCGUAACCUGUGAAAAAGGGUAGCGAGAGGCUUAGAAAAUGAUAAUGGAAGAGGACGAUCUCGGUUGGAAUACGGGGGAAAAACCUAGAGAAAGAAUACAGUAACUUGCGCGGAGUGUAUAAUGGUUAGAAAAGUGGGAAUUUGAAAGAUACAUCUAUUUUUCAAUAAGAAAAAAACUGAACGUUCAAUAAACGGCUAAAAUAAACUUUUGAAUAAAUCACGGGGUGAGAAAUCAAAAAAAAAAGAUAACCGAGACUUCAUGAAGAGACGCCAGAGAAAGAAAGGAUUCUUUUCGUCUGCCGUCUCUUCAGGACAUCAGUUCUCUCUUCAGCCCUUAUAUUCUUUUCAAAAGAUAUGAAAUUUUACUUUUCUUUUCGUUUUUUUCAGCAUGAAUCGUGUUUUAUUGAAUUUUGAUAAGCUGAUCGAAAUUGAGCCCAAAAAAAGCUUUCGAGAAGGAAAAACAAUCUGCAAAAAAAUAUCAUGCAAAUGUAAAUUUUUCGAUCAAAAAAAUUUUUUUCGAAAAAAAUUACACAACUUUUUUUCGGCAGUACGAAGUAAUUUCAAAAUAAAAACUUGUGACUUUUUAAUUUUUUUAUAAAAGAUUCAUUUGGUAGAGGUGAAUUGAAAAAAACUAAAAAUAAUUCCUGAGAAUUUACAGCUUUUCAGGGAAAAAAAGUUAUUCUUUCUAAAUUUUUUUAAAAAUUCAAUCCAAAUUUCAGUUAUUAAUUUUUUUACGCUUUUCUCAGAAACAAACAGGAGUAACUCAUACUGGUAGUCUUUUUUUUAAAAAUGAAAAAAAAAGAAACGGUGAACUCAUCUAAAGCCCGAAAUUGUUCCAGAAACCGAGCCGUAUGAAAACUUGAGGAAAGAGGUCGAAAGAAUGAAACGAAUGUUUGAAGAUGACUAA